UACAGUAGUGUUGUUUAAAUUACAUGUUAUAUUAGGCUAAAAAGUUAUUGCUAGUUUUACAAAAAAAUAAUUAUUAGUUCUUAUUAGUUUUCUGGUGGACUCAGAGUUCAUUAACAUUAUCUUAUCUCUGCUACUCUCUUCUAACCUCUUUAAUUUUAGACUUGUUUGUUUUAUAUUUGUUUAUUUUCUGUUAGUAGAGCUGGUGUUAUUCAACAGCUAGCAAGUCACAUUUGUGUAACAAUGUAUGCAGGCUUUUGUGUUUUGUUUAUCUGCUGCAGUCUAUGCUACUGUGCUGUAGAAACUGAGUCAGAUCAAUGCAGUGAAGCACAUGAAAAACACUCUCAUUGGCUGCAAGAAGACACUUGCUCAGAUUCUCAAGAUUUCGAUGAUUUUGGAAGUUAUUUGAUUAAAGAUAUUUACUCAUCUGUUAAGAAAGCAGAGUGUGAUUUAGCCAACCCAUCAAAUUAUCCUCCCCACUACAGUCCUGAGGAGGGAGAAGAGUUUGACUUCAUCAUUGUGGGUUCUGGUUCAGCAGGGGCUGUCAUUGCUAACCGCUUGUCUGAGAUCUCAGAGUGGAACAUACUUCUUCUUGAAGCUGGUGGUAACCCAACAAAAGCCACUGAGAUACCUGGCUUUUACGUAACAUUGAUGAAAUCAAGAGUUGACUGGCAAUAUCAAACUGAUCAUAGUGAGGAUAACUGUCUUGGAAUGGUCAAUAACAGCUGCGUUUGGCCAAGAGGAAAAGUUCUUGGAGGUUCGAGCUCAAUCAAUGCCAAUCUUUACGUUAGAGGAAAUCCGAAAGAUUUUGACUCAUGGUCAGCUGCAGGAAAUGAAGGAUGGGAUUAUGAAAAUGUUCUGAAAUAUUUCAAAAAAUCUGAAAACAUACAAGCAAAAGAGGUUAUUCAAAAUCCAAAUUAUCAGAACUAUCAUGGAGAAAAUGGAUUACUAACAGUAAGCUCUUGGAAUGAAUAUGGAUUGGAUGGUCUAGCAAAUUUAUUUGCUGAAGGAAUGGAAGAACUUGGAUAUAAUUUAAAUAUGGAUUUGAAUGGAGAAUCUCAAACUGGUUUUGUUAAACUGCAAAGUACAACUAUUGAUGGGAAGCGUUGCAGUACUGCAAAAGCUUUCUUAAGUACAGUUAAACAUAGAACAAAUCUUAAGGUCUCCAAAAACUCAUUGGCAACCAAAGUGUUGGUGGAUAAAGAUACAAAGACAGUAUACGGAGUAGAGUUUAUGGACAAUCAAGGUAAAAAGAUCCAAGUCAGAGCAAGAAAGGAAGUUAUCGUUUCUGCUGGAGCUAUAAACUCUCCCCAACUUCUAAUGUUAUCAGGAAUUGGACCAAAAAAUCAUUUAGAACAAUUGGACAUUGAGGUGAUUCAAGAUUUACCUGUCGGUGAGAAUCUUCAAGACCAUAUGUUAAUGAUAGGACUUUUGCUGUCCUUCAAUUAUACAAGAGAAACAAAAUCAGUCACUGAUUAUAUGUAUGAUUUUCUAAAAACUAAUUCUAGCAAAUUUUCAGGUGUAAGUAUGUUAAGUUACUCAUCCUUUAUUAAUACACUUAAUAACAAAAUUGACUAUCCAGAUAUGCAGAUACACCAUUAUGAUUUUGACGUCAAUGAUAUGCUAACACUUUCUUUAACUUUGGAUCGAUUUGGUCUAAGAGAUGACAUAAUCAAGCAGUACCACGAGAUAAACUCUAAGAGACACAUGGCGAUGAUAAUGCCAACACUGCUUAGACCAGCCAGCAGAGGUAAGAUCUUGUUGGUGUCUUCUGAUCCUACUGACAAACCACAAAUCUUGUCAGGUUAUCUCACAGAUGAUGCAGAUUUUGAAGUGUUUUUACAAACAAUAGAGUUUAUUUCAAAAUUUGCUUCAACAACAGGAAUGAAGAAAUUAGACACACAGUUUCAUGAGAUAGUUCCAUCUGCUUGUAAAAUUUAUCCGUUAUCAUCAAAAGAGUUCCGGAAAUGCUCACUGAGACAUCUGACAACGACCUGCUACCAUCCGACAUCCACAUGCAAGAUGGGACAUGAAGGCGACCCCACUGCGGUAGUCAAUCCCAGGCUGCAGGUGAGGGGUCUGAGACGACUGCGAGUUGCAGAUGCUUCCAUCAUGCCUAAGAUUGUCAGUGGCAAUACUAAUGCACCAACCAUUAUGAUUGGUGAAAAAGCAGCAGAUUUGAUUAAAGAGAGUUGGUUGAAGAAAUGAAAUGUUUACUGUACAAAGUUUAAGAUGGAAUAAAAAUAAACUUUCUUAACAGUGUUA